AUGCGGACAGGAAAUUCUUCUCGUGGCCUGAGCAGCCCUAGCUCUCUGAACGAUAUUGAUUCAGCCAAUGGCUCUCCUGAUACCAAGCUCACCGUCUACUCGCCCGAGGAAACGAUCUCUAGAGGCCGUCUGGGCACCCGUGUUAUAGACACACUCAGCGACGCCGGAGUCCGUAGACUCUGCUCUGCUACAUCUCCUGAUCCAUUCUUCGUGUCAACAGUAGCAACACGUGUCCAACUUUCACCGACAGCGGCGGCAUUUACCCCAGUAGGUAUGUUAGAUAGCGCAAAUAUCGAGACUCAAGGCCGAUCCUGCCCACAAAACUUCUCUCGAGCCGAAUUCCUGGCAACGCACCCAGAUAUCAAGCGCAUUGAAAGAAGCCCAGGGCUCAUGAACCGCAUGGAAAGAGAUAUCUCGAGCUACGGCGCUAUUGGUAGCAUACAGUCGAACAAAAUCAAGCAGUUGCUUGGUACAGAGCCGGAUGAGCUUGAAAAUGAAGGUCACAGUCGAGCACUGGUAAUAGAGAAUGUGCCAAACAAUCUGACAUACAUGUCCUUAGCUGGAUUCUUCAACCGUCGCGAGUUUGGCUCUCUUAGGGGUCCUGUUCUCUCAGAACUCAACUCGAGUGGCAAAGUCUAUGUUGCAUUCACAGAUAGUCGUGAGGUUACAAAAGCGAUUGAAAAGGUCAACCUGCUUAGACCCGAAUGGCGAGCUUUCCCCAUUAAUGCUAAGGAGUACGUGCGGCACGCGGAGCCAGCUCUUCUAUCACAGGCAUCUGAUUAUGAAGGCCAACUUCUGGUGACCGUCUACUUCGACGGCCGUAAUCCAAAUCUUAAUCGGCAUACCGUGGCCCGCUCCUUGGAAACUCUUGCUAUGACCUUCGGCGACAUAAAGUCCUUUACAGAUGUACCGACAGGACAAGACAACAUUGGCGAAUUUCAUCUCGAGUUCUUCAAUACUCGCGACGCUGAGAAUGUGACAACCACUUUGAAUGGAACUUUGGUUGACGACUGCAUUAUCGAGAUCAAACAAUUUAAGCCCGAUCUGGAGAAGAGCAGGUUCACCCCCGCCAGUCCUACUCCCGCGAAGGAGCGGCUCACUGGAACAGAAGGUCAUUUCAGCACACAUUCCUCUUGGACUCCGACUCAGUCAUGUCGCACUCCCUACAUGGAGCUCAGUCCAACAGGUCGCUCGACAGUACCACCAGGUGAACAUACUAGUCUUAUGAAUUGGAUGUCCAGGGCUGGUGAAAGGGUCAUGUCUUCCCCGCGGCGUGAUCUGAACCGUUAUCCUGAUCCCCGUAUGGGAAGCCAAAACUCUGUUGACAUUGAACGAAUUCGCCUUGGUUUGGAUGUCAGGACAACUAUAAUGCUUCGCAACAUUCCCAAUAAGAUUGACCAGACCAUGCUUAAGGCCAUUGUCGAUGAGACAAGCCAUGGAAAAUAUGACUUCAUGUACCUACGCAUUGACUUUGCGAAUAACUGCAAUGUUGGCUAUGCUUUCAUAAACUUUGAAGAUCCGAUCGAUAUUAUUGACUUUGUCAAUGCACGGGCUGGAAGAACAUGGAACUGCUUCAACAGUGAUAAAGUCGCCGAAGUCUCAUAUGCCACUAUUCAGGGUAAAGACUGCCUGGUACAAAAGUUUCGAAACAGCUCUGUCAUGUUGGAACACCCUUCGUUUCGCCCGAAGAUUUUCCACACUGGUACUGGGCAUCUCGCUGGCACCGAGGAUCGCUUCCCUGGACCAGACAAUCCCUCAAAGAUGCGUCGUAGCAUCGAAAAUGCCGAGCAUGUAGGCCUAUUUGCUCCUCGAGUCGGCCAACAGUACCGUGACGAGCAGCGUCGACGCCGUUCGCAGUUUGACCGCGGAACCACAGCUGCUGGACGUGAAAUUGUAUUUGUUCGGACACUUGCCCCAAAGCGCACAUAUGGUUCCUCAAAUGGUCUCAGAAGUGCGCCGUGUACCUAUCCCGGACUGAAAUCGUGGUGCGACUCACCAAUACCUGAACAUUCCCCAAAGACCUCCUGA